ACACAAACAAACACUAUCACUAAGAGAAGCAUUCAUGAAUGGAAGCCUCAAAAAGGCCUUCUUCUUGUAUCUCAAAGUGGCAAUACUCAUCAACCAAAAGCAAACUUGUGAGUAACUUCAAUCCUGUUUGCCAAGCUGUCCAAAAAUUAACAUUCAGAGGAAAGUUUGUGAUCAUCUUGAAUCAAAAGAAAUCAAUACCUGGAAAAUUCAUUUCUGUUCAGAUUUAUAGUGGCUCAGAAGUUGAUCCUAAUACUGGUAAAGGGUGGUUGAGUGAGAAAGCAUAUUUUAAGGAAUGUGGGCGCAAGAAACCUCACCAUGAUGACGAUGUUGAUGAUGCACAAACAAAGGUUAAGACAUAUAAAAUUAAACUACAGGUUGACUCACAUUUUGGAACUCCAAGGGCUUUUGUAAUUCAAAACAAACAAAACAGGAAAUUCUAUCUUCUGUCUGCAUCUAUUGAGACUUGUACCAAUAGAAUCAUUCACUUUGAUUGCAAUUCUUGGAUUUAUCCAAUCAAGAAAACCAAAUUUGAUAGACUAUUUUUCUCGAAUAGAUGCUAUCUUCCAAGUCAAACACCUAGAGCAUUAGCGGAACUAAGAAAAGAAGAGCUUGACAAAUUGAGAGGUAAUGGAAUGGAAGAAAGAAAGGAAUGGGAUAGAAUAUACGACUAUGACUACUACAAUGACCUUGGCGAUCCUGACAAAGGUUCGGAGCAUUUUAGACCUAUCUUGGGUGGUUCAAGGUUAUAUCCAUAUCCACGUCGAGUUAGAACAGGUCGAAAACAUAGUGCAACAGGUCCAUCAUCUGAGAGCAGGCCACAAGCAACGAACUUUGAUAUAUAUGUUCCUUCAGAUGAGAUAUUUAGCCCUAACAAAUUGAAGGAGAUCAAAUCAAAUUCUAUCCAAGCCAUUGUACAUUUACUAUCUUCAAAGACAGAAUCAUUACCUCAACAAAGUUCUAGAAGCUUUCAAUCAUUUAAAGAGAUACUUGACAUGCUCUCUACCAAUAGAAACCAAACAAUAGAAGGAUUGAUCAGAGACAACUUAAAGAAAUUGGUACCAAAUAAGUACUUAAAGGAAGUAACUCAGUCAAUCAAGGAAAAUCAUUGGCAUGUUCCUAUCCCUCCAAUCAUACAUGAAAAAGAAUGGGCUUGGAAUGAUGACAUGGAGUUUGGAAGACAAAUGCUUGCAGGAACGCAUCCUGUCCGAAUCCAGUGCUUGAUGACAUUUCCACCUCAAAACAAAUUUGGAGUACAGAGUUCAAUUAAGAAAUCAAUCAUAGAACAGAUGCUUGAAGGAUGGACGCUUCCUCAAGCUUUGGAACAAGGAAGAAUAUUCAUGUUGGACCACCAUGACUAUCUCAUGCCAUACUUGAACAGAAUAAAUGCAAAUGGGGUAUCUGCUUAUGCAUCAAGGACACUUCUAUUCUUAAGAAGUGAUGGCAUGCUUAAGCCACUGGCAAUAGAACUCAGCUUGCCGGGAUCAUCUCUAGCUCUUGAAAUCCAAAGAGUUUUUCUUCCAUCAAAGCAAGGGACACAAGCAGCACUUUGGCAGCUUGCUAAAGCUCAUGUUUUAGCUAAUGAUACUUUUUACCAUAUACUAGUAAGCCAUUGGUUAUACACACAUGCAGUUGUUGAACCAUUUAUCCUUGCUACCAAAAGAAGGCUAAGUGAAAUGCAUCCAAUCCAUCGAAUAUUGAGUCCUCAUUUCAAAGACACCAUGCAUAUAAAUGCCUUGACUAGACUUAUCCUUAUUAACUCUGGAGGAAUUCUUGAGAGAAUGUUAUUUCCUGGUGAAACCUGUAUGCAAAUAACCUGUGAUCUCUAUAAAGAGUGGAAAUUUACUGAACAAGGACUACCUGCUGAUCUAAUCAAAAGGAGCAUGGCUUUAGAAGACCAAGAUGAGAACAACUCAACUGGGAUUCAACUUCUCAUGUUGGACUAUCCCUAUGCCAUUGAUGGACUUGAAAUAUGGGUUGCCAUCAAAUCAUGGGUCAGGGACUUCAUCUCAUUCUUCUACAAAGACAAUGAAGCCAUCAUAGCUGAUACUGAACUCCAAGUAUGGUGGUCAGAGAUUCGAACUAUAGGCCACGGCGACAACCACAAUGAGACAUGGUGGUAUCAAAUGACAACACUCUCAGACCUUGUAGAAACGCUAACAACUCUCAUAUGGAUUUCUGCGGCGCGUCAUGCAGUUAUAAACCACCAAAAACAUGCACAAAAUGGUAAUUACCCUCCUAAUUAUCCUACACUAUGUAGAAAGUUCAUUCCACUAGAAGGAACAGUUGAGUUUGGUGAGUUCCUCAAGGAUCCUGAUAAAUUCUUUAUGAAGAUGUUUCCUGAUAGGUUUGAGAUGAGUCUUGGUUUGACAUUGGUAGAUUUUCUAUCAAAAAACAGUUAUGAUGAAGUGUACUUGUUGAGAUGUCAACCAUCACAUGGUUGGAUAGACAAUGAAAUUGUUCUCAACAGAUUUGCUGAGUUCAAAGAAGAACUUAAGGAGAUUCAGACAAGGGUUUUGCAAAGAAACAAAGAUCCAAAGCUUAAGAAUAGGCGCGGCCUUGCAAAAAUUGAUCACAAUAUUUUGUAUCCUAAGAUGCCUAGUUCUGGAUCAAGAAGAUGGAAUCAUGGGAAGAGGAGUGUCUUAUAACAUAUCAAGUUAAUUUGUUCAUAGAAUUUGUGUUCCCUAACUCUGCAUGCCAUUAGUAAUAUGUAAUCUCUCACUCUCUUUUCUUAUUUUUGUCUUUAACUCUCCUUUCCUCGGACAAGAGAGCCAUGAUAAUUUGGAGUCCGCCCAAAAAGUAAGUAAACUUUGGUCAAUGAUUAAUCAAGCCAGUAUUCGUACUUGAAUUCUCCCUAAGCGAUUUGUAGUU